GGCCGGGGCGGGCGGCAGUGCGCAGGUGCGUUGCCGGCGGUGGGGAGCGGGUGCCGGCGCCGCCAUGAAGGACCGGCUGGGGGACCUGCGGGCGUACAAGGAGAGUCAUGAGGAGGAGGUGACCAUCACUGUGGAGAAGGACCAUUUCAUGGAUGAGUUCUUCCGCCAGGUUGAGGAGAUCCGGGGGCAUGUCGAUCGCAUCGCUGACAACGUGGAAGAAGUGAAGAAGAAACACAGCAUCAUCCUGUCAGCGCCGAACCCCGACACCAAAACCAAAGAAGAGCUUGAGGAGCUGACGCUGGCGAUCAAGGGAACCUCGAACAAAGUGCGGACUAAACUAAAGGCCAUAGAACAAAGCAUUAAAGAUGAAGGCGAUGAGAGCCAAGGGUCGGUGGAUCUAAGGAUACGUAAAACCCAGCAUGCGACCCUGUCACGGAAGUUUGCCAACGUGAUGACGGAGUACAACGAGAUCCAGAUAUACUUCAGAGAGCGCAGCAAAGGGCGCAUUCAGCGUCAGCUGGAGAUCACCGGGAGGACCACGACUGACGAUGAGCUGGAGGAGAUGCUGGAGACCGGGAAUCCCUCCAUCUUCACCUCCGAUAUCAUAUCGGACACGCAGAUCACCAGGCAAGCCCUCAACGAGAUUGAGUCACGGCACAAAGACAUCAUCAAGUUGGAAGUCAGCAUCCGGGAACUGCACGACAUGUUUGUGGACAUGGCCAUGUUGGUGGAGCAGCAGGGUGAGAUGGUGAAUAACAUUGAGACUAACGUGGUGAAUGCCACUGAGUACAUUGAGCGAGCCAAGGAGGAGACCAAGAAGGCCGUGCGCUACCAGAGCAAGGCGCGGCGGAAAAUGUUCCUGAUCAUGGUGUGUGUUGCGGUGCUUCUAGCCGUCGUUGCCAUUAUCAUCGGGGUGACGGUGGGAUCGUAGCGGCCCCCCAUCUCCGGGGACAGGUAUCGGGGGGGUGGGGGGCUGGCUCAGCCCCAGACACACAGCCCCCACCCCAGCUCAGGCCCCCUCCUCACAGCCCCCACCCCUUCGCCCAUGCCGGCCCACCACACCCACCCCACUCAGCUCCACCCUGUGCGACCCCAGCCUGCUCAGCCCCCCCCACCUGAGCCAGCCCCCCCACGCCCCCACACCUCUGUGGGUGGACAUUAAGUGAUGACACAGCAACUCUGCGUCCAGUUGCGUGUGGGAUGUUUAAUGCCACAGCACUGCCAGUACUUGCCUCGCCUGGACCACACUUCAGCAUUUUUAUACCAUUUCAAUAUUUUUUUAAGUUGAUGAUUUGCUUUGUAAACUGUUUACAGGAUAAGGGUUGUGUUGGUUUUAGUGUUGAUCUUGUCGUUGCCACAUGAGGGAAGGGGGGGGGGGGGGGGGUUUGGCAGAUUUGUGCCCGGCUGGCAUUAGAUGCCAUCCCAUCGCUGCCCAUCCCGACCCAUCCCGGGAAAACAGGGGCCAACACUCCAGCUGCCAGCGGUGUGAGCACGAACACGCACACAGCCGCACGCACGCACACGCAUGCACGCACACGCACUGACACGCACGCACUGACACACACAUGCACUGACACGCACGCACACACACACGCACAUGCACUCA